GCAGCGAUGCCAAUUGUAAACAUCGAUGACUGAAUGUGGCUGCAAUUAAUGGGGCCGCUGUUGCCGAUACCCGACCAUAUGAUCGAUUGAGUACCGAACGCGAAUCACGAGCUGCCACUCGUGGGUUUCGCGAUCUGGGCACAAGACGCGCUUGCAGGCGGAUGCAACAAUUCGUCUUUUCGCCACAUUUUACCUGCAGCGAUCGGUUGGUGCGGUUCUAGAGAAACAGAAGAAGAAAGUGAACUUUUUAUCAACGUGGGUUGAGGUUAAAGGAUUCUUAUUUUCUACAGCAACGACAGUGAUCCACCAGUGUGUGCAUUGUGACCAUUUGUUUUUGAAGCGAUCAUAAGCCACAAAAGUCAUUCGAAAUGGUGCUGGAUCUAAACUUCUCGCGUUACGAUAACACAACCCCGUUCGGUUUUAAGCUCGUCGGUGGAGCUGAUUUUGAUGUUCCCUUAACGGUUGUCAAAAUCCUACCCGGAAGCAUCGCCGAAGACGUUGGCAUGCACAUGGGCGAUGUGGUGGUGCGCAUCAAUGACAUACCGACGGGCAACAUGUCCUAUUACGAUGCCCACCAGCUGUUGGCCUGCGCCGGCAACCAGUUCGUGCUAGGCAUCUUAAGGGCACGUGAGGUUACGCCGUCCCAACGGCUCAUCAAGGAGAAAACACCGUCGGGCGAGGUGGAGUACAUCAACACCUCGCCGAAACCGUUCUGGACGCCGAAUGUCGGCAGCCCAUCGCCGUUGGCAGUUCACCACCCUGCCAAGGAGGAACCAAGGCAGCAGCAGCCCGACGAACAGAUUCCCGAGGUACCGAUCACCGACGAGCAGAUAGCCGAGAUCCUCUCGGGUGAAGCCGAAGUGCUUAAGCAACACAACGUGAUCGGCGUGAACUUUAACAAGAUGAUCCCGAAGGCGGGCGUGUUUAAGCAGAGCGAAGUUUUCAAAACGCUCAACAGCGAGCUGGUGCAGAGCGAAGAGGAGGACAAAAAGUGGACCACCUUCCUGCAGAAGCCGUCCCGACCGCCGCCGAAGACGCCCGAGGAGCGGAAGCUCGAGCGGAACCCGCCGACCGAGCGCUACCAGGUACGAAUUGUGAAGCAACCGAAACCGAAAAUUGCCCCCGACUACAAGCCACCCAAAUCACCGGAACCCGAGCCGGAACCGGAACCGAUACCAAUGUACGACGAGUACCUGAACGAACGCCAGGAGGUGGAGGUGGAAACGAUCAAGACGCUCGUGGAUGAGCCGGUCGUGCCGAGCGAGCCGAUGGCAGGUGAAGGGGAGGCACAGCAGCCCGGGGCACCCAACCCGACCGAGGAGGAACCCUCGGAGGAGUUCCGCGAGCAGUUGCAGAAUGUGCAAAAGCAGCUGGAAGCGCUAUCGGCACUGCCGAACACGAUCCAGGCCACGAUAGCCGCCCUGACCGAGCAGCUCGCCGUGUUGGCCGCACCGAAACGGAAGUCCAAGAGUAUCUCACCCCGACCGGAAGAAGCGGAUCCGAGUGCGGGUGGUGAGGGCACCGAACAGUCGGCACCGGAGGCCAUCGUGCCCGAAGUGUCCGAGACGUUCGAGGUGACUGAGUUUAGCAGGGCGGACAGCAGCGGCAGCGGCGAUCAGUCCUCAUCGGUCGACGAAGGCGAACACAUCCACUACACAGAGGAGGAGCUUGAGCAGCUAGAGAAAAGGAUGAAGGAGCACGACAUUGAGUGGACCAAUCAGAACGAUAAGGAUUCCGAUAGCUCCAGCCAGCCUAAUGCCGGCGGCGACAUCCGCACCGCGGUGCAGGACGAGCUGAAGCUGCAGGUGGUCAAAAAGAAGAAGAAGGCGGUCAGCGCGUUCGGCCCGCUGACGCCGCAGGAGCGGCCCAUCUACCUGCCCGGCGGGCGCAAGUGGCGCACGGCGAAGGACGCAUUCAACGAGCAGUUCAUCGCGGAAGUGAUCAGCUCCCAGGCGGAACUGAUCCAGGGCACGACGCUCGGCAACUUCUACGAAAGCCCUCAUCUGGGUUACGACGACAGGGUAAACUUCCUCAAGUACCAGAAACCGGAGAAGGAUUUGAGCUUCAUCAAGAACAGCGACGUCUACAAGCUGGUACACGAUAUGGAUCCCCCCAAGAGUGGCAUCGAGCUGCGCCCGGAGAUGGUAGUGGCCGAAGAAGAUGUGCGAAAGGUAAUGAAAGACGAAACCAUUUUCCAGCCCCGCAAGUCGAAGGUGUUCCUUUAUCAAAAUUGAAAACGCACUCUCCCACCCUCCCAACCACUACCCUCCCUUUUUCCCUCACCAUACCGUGAGCUUUCGGUUCCCUUCCCUACCGUUGUGUGCGAUGACCUCCCUCGACCUGGGUUGUGCCCUUGUGUUAGUGGGCUUGAAUUCGGCAUUGAUAAUUGACCUUUUGCAAACAUCUUCUUGCUGCGCACGGCGGGCCCUCUCGCACCGAACAACACGCGUCGUUGUCGAACGGUUUCUCGGCACCAUCUCGCUUGCUCGCAACUCCCCCCUCAUCAACUACUAUCGGAUCUCAUCCAACUGUUCGAUCGAUCCACCGGCCACCACUUUCCAACCAUCUUCACGCGCUGCAGUGUGCAUCACCCUGCUGAGGAAGCCUCCGAAGAAUAUCCGUUCCCUGCCGUUCCCUGGCGUUCCUUCUUAAAUCCUUCCCUCCCAGCCAAUAUGAUGUAUUAAUAAGCUUCCUAUCAGCAUCAUCGCAUAUGGUUAAUUAUUCUUUUCAAUCAUUACAUACACACCCCUUUCGUUUGUUUCAUUGGCCCUAGCUACUGUAAAUUAGCUCCUAUCUUACGCUCCUCUUAGGACAGCAUCAAACGAUAACAAGCUGAGUUGAAACAAACACAGAUCUAAAAGUUCAUUUUAAGCAAUAGGCUUUGUGCUUAGAACCAAAUACAUUGUUUUCAUUACAUCACAUGAUUGUAUAGAACACGUCAUUAUCAACUAUUACUCUAGAGACUGGUAUUUCUAUGUAAAUAAGUACAAUAAAAAUAAAUAAAAACACCAUUAACGUG